AUGGCGCAAGAAAGCGUACCUUCACCACUGGCCGAGUUGUCCCAAGCAAGCAAGCAACAAAAAAGACCAAGGCCAAUGAAACGAGAACAAGACAGCACCAGUUUGCCGUCUCUCAAAGUCGUCGAGAAGACCGGUGACCUCUUCGAGGACGCCGGGAGCACAGUGCUCGCCCACGCUUGUAACUGCCAGGGCAAAUGGGGAGCUGGCAUCGCGGCAGCUUUCAAGAAGAAGUAUCCCGGGGCCUUCAAGACAUACGAAGAGCACUGCAGAAAGAAUUCGCCCGAAACGCUGAUUGGAACGGCACUUCUCAUUGCCCCUGAAGAAGAUACCAUGACCUCCGAAUCUUCCACUGACUUCACCUCCGGACCCUGGAUCGCCUGCCUCUUCAUAUCGAUCGGCCACGGCAAACAGAAAGAUACCAAGGAUACCAUCCUGGCCAACACCCACAAAGCCAUGCAAUCUCUCCUCAGCAAUAUCCACCGCACGAAGUUAGUACCUAAUCGUCACGACAAAGAAACGACCGGGCCAAGCACUGUCCACCGCGCGGUGAUCCAGGCGAUCAGAAUGCCUCGUAUCAACUCCGGAUUGUUUAACGUACCCUGGCACGAGACGAAAGCAGUGCUGGAAAGUGUUCAGGUUCGUAAGGGGCAGUUCUUGGAAGUCGAGGUUGUAUCGCCGCCUGUGAAAGGGGAUCGUGGUACCACAUCUGCAGCUAAGGUUAAGACUCCCGCAGCGAAGAGAGGACCGCCCCAGAGAGACGUGGAGGAGGACAAAGAGGACUCAUCAUCGCAAGAGAGUUCUACCAAGAGCGAACGCGCCCCAUUGCCUCCGCGUCGAACGUUCAUGGCGAAAGACGGCAGGCAGGAUCAACAACCCUCACCAAUCGAAGCGCCCAAGCGUAAGAAGCAGAAGCGAGUCAACGAUGACGAUGACUAG